ACCACGUGGUUAAGCUGUUCACACGCGCAUGUUGCAGCUGGUAUGACUUCCCUUCACUAGUGUGUAGUUUUCAUUACAGCUUAAAGCUAUCUCCUUUAAUUUAAAACCAUGUCAGACAAGUCGGGGUUGAAAAUUAACUCGCAGUUCGCCGUGAAAUACGAGAAAUACCGACAGAGAGAAGAGCUACAGAGACUGAAGGACCGAUAUGGAGACCGAGCUGAUGAGAGUGACUCUGAGUCGUCUGAGUCCAGCUCUGAUGACAGUGAAGUGGAGCUGGACCCUGAAGUCGAAAGGGAUUUCUACAGAACAUUGUCACUGCUGAAGAAGAGAGACCCCAAGAUCUAUCAGGCAGAUGUCAAGUUUUACUCAGAAGGUGCAUCCACCAGUGAUGAGAAGCCGUCAACUUCAAAGAAAGCAGUAAAGCCCAUGUACCUGAAAGACUAUGAACGUAAAGUCAUACUGGAGAAGGAAGGCAAAUAUGAGGAUGAUGACGACAGUGAUGAUGAGGAGGCUGCCAAAAGAAUGGAGAGAGCUGCCUCUCCGAGCUACAUUCAGGAGCAGAAAGCGCUGAAGGAGAGCUUCCGCAAGUUCAUCCAGGACAGUGACGACGAUGACAAUGAGGUCAGCAAGGGAGGUGGAGAAUCCCAGCUGCUGACCAGGAGGGUCAAAACACAGGAAGAGAAGGAUAAAGAAGAGGCAGACUUUGUGGAGUGGCUGAAAGGCCAGGCUGAGCUUGAGGGUUCGGAGGAGGUCAAGGACAUGAAAUACUUGAGGGAAUACUGGAACGACCCAGAGUUGGAUGAGAAGGAGCGUUUCCUGAGAGACUAUGUCCUUAACAAGGGCUACCUAGACGAGGAUGAGCAUGAUGAACGGAUCCCAACCUACGAUGAGGUGGUCCAGGAUGAUGUGGAGGACUCUGAAGAGGAAGGGGAGACUUUCUUGGAGCGGCAGGACAACUUUGAGAGAAACUACAACUUCCGCUUUGAAGAGCCCGGUGCUCAGCAGAUCAAGACAUACCCUCGCAGCAUCGCCACGUCUGUGCGCUCCAAAGACGACAGCAGGAAACGCAAAAGGGAGGAAGUGAAAGAAAGGAAACAAAAGGAGAAAGAGCAGAAGCGUGAGCAGCUGAAGCAGCUGAAGAACUUGAAGCGAAAUGAGAUCAUGGAGAAGCUGAAGAGGCUUCAGGAGCUGACUGGCAACGAGCAGCUCGCCUUCAGUCAGGCUGACCUGGAGGGAGAAUUUGAUCCACAACAACACGAGCAGCUCAUGCAGAAAUUCUUUGGAGAUGAAUACUACGGGGAAGAAGAAGUGGAAAAGCCUCAGUUUGAUGAUGAUGAUGAGGAACUUGAGGGGCACUGGAACUGGGACACAUGGACAGGAGAGGAACAAGAGGACGGCUUGGGUGAACAGUACAGCGGAGCGGAGUAUGAUGCCUCAGAGCCACACUGUGACGAUGAAGGCUUCAUUAUGGAUGCAGACUACGACCCCAACCAGCAGACUGCCUCAAAGAAGAAGAAGAAAAAGGAGAAGAAGAAGAUGAAGAAAGAGGAUAUUCCACAAAUGGGCAAGAAGAGAAAAAAGUCUCACUUUGCAGAGGUCAUCACUAAAAGCAAGCCUGUGUUUGAUCCACAGGAGAAGAGUUUCGAGCAGUACUUGGAUGAGUAUUAUAAGCUGGACUAUGAGGACAUCAUUGACGACCUCCCGUGCAGGUUCCGCUACAGACCGGUCUUGGCCAACGACUUCGGCCUGACCACUGAAGAGAUUUUAAAUGCUAACGAUAAGGAGCUGAACCAUUGGUGCUCUCUGAAGAAGACCUGCAUGUUCAGGUCUGACAAGGAAGAGAUGAGUGAUUUGAAGAACUAUAAAAUCAAGGCCCAGAAUGACAAGAAGAAGAAAGAAAUUCUGAGCUCUGUAUAUUCUGAGGAAGAUAAAGAGGGGGCAGAGGCUAAGAACAAGGUGGGGAAGAAGAGAAGGGACCGUCUGAAGAACGCUGAGAACGAAGGCAGAGGAGCGGAGGACGGUGACGUAAUGGACUCUGCAGAAGAGACACUCGCCCAAGCUCUCAGAGAGGCAGGGGACGAGGCGGGAGAAGAGAAGGAAGAAGAGAUUCUGAUACCCAAGAAAAAGAUGAAACAGGAAGAGGAGCCUCAGGCAGUGGUUACUGCUGAGGAAGAGGAAGCGGCAGCAGAUAAAGCUGCUGAGGUGAAAAGCAGGACUGAGAGGCCAAAAUGGUCCAAGAGGAAGCACAAGCAUGCAGGUGGACGCCUCACAUCAGGAACUUUCGGGGUGAAAAUAGGCGGCCGGGAGUUCAGUAGACAGAGACUGAAGGCCUAUGGCCUGAACCCCAAGAGACUCUUCUUCAGGCAGCUCGGCAGACAGAAACGAAAAGCACAGGAGAAGAAAGAAAAGCAGAAAAACAAGGAGUGAUAGCAGCUUGCACCAAUCGACCAUCUCGGAGAUAACUGCUGACAGUACAAUCCGUUGUUUUUUUUUUUUUUUUUUUUCAUAAUAAAGUAAAGACAUUAUGGAAAAUGUAACAUUUCCAUUGUUUUAUGGCCUCACGUUGAGCUUUUUGAUUAAAGGGGUUAAGAAAAUGUUUCAUUGGUGGCUACAAAUUGUGACUUUAACUCUGAUUCGAAUGCUUAUACUUGAUUUGAGUAUAAAACCCUUUUUGAACUUAUUUGUCUUGCUACAUUCAUAUUUUGUUUAGAUUUCACAAACUGUAAUAAACAUGCAGUUAAAAUCUGAUCCCUGUACAUUUUUAAAAAUGUAAUUUUUGACUCAGUAAAAAGAUUCUUUAUGCUCAAUAA